AUGGCUCAGAAACCCCAGCAAUUCGACGUUUUGGGGGAAACCAGGGCUAGAAUUGAUCGCCCUAGGGACUCUCUGGCUUUGAUCUUCAAAAGAGCCUUGGAACUUGGGCUGGACGACGUCUCCAAGGAUGGCGGCGUUCGAUUUACGGUAGGCACGAUGUGCUCUGGGACCGACGCCCCCAUCCUGGCCCUCCGCGAGCUUCAAGACGCGGCCCUGGCCAUGGGCUACAACCACCUCUUCGAUUUUGAUCAUCAGUUCAGUGUCGAGAUCGAAGCGUACAAGCAAGCUUUCAUCGAGAGAAACUCGAAGCCGUCCGGUGAGAUCUACCGCGACGUCGUCCAAGUGUCUGAUCCCGAGCAGAAAAGACGCCUCAACAAUAAACGAGACAUCUUGGCCAAGCACUCAGUCCUCAGCAGACUGUACGAAGAAGCCAAGAACACCAGAAAUGGUCUUGAUUUUGGUACAGUAACGCCUCAAAGUCAGUCGCAUGAUGUGCGCAUGGCCCUGCAGGAUGUCCGCGAUUCCUUCCAUAUGGAAGGCGAGUCUGUCAAAACAUUCGGCUCAAUCCUGCAGUUUAUAUACGACCAGCGACCUAAACUCAUCAUCCUAGAGAAUGUUUCUCAUGCGCCUUGGCGCGCCUUCACCCACUUCUGGCUUCCCUUGGUAGGUUACGUGGCUCUAUCGAUGAAAGUGGACAGCAAGAAUUUCCUCGUUCCACAAACCAGAACUCGAGGCUACCUGGUUGCUGUUGAUCAGUGGCACUAUGGUACCGAAAUGUGUAAAAGCAUCGCGCGACUGUGGUCAAGCAUGAUGGAGUCGUCCAAUUGGUUUCCGAAUCAGUAUCCAGAAGUCCAUAAAUUUCUUCUAUCAUCGAUGGACCAGCGAAUACUCGAGGCACGAGCAAUCGAGGAGCGAAAGAUAGCUGAGAACAUGGCCAGGGAUGUGGAAGCCAGGAUGUGCGCUUACGAUCACGCCAAGGUUCGACGGCAGCAGGGACUUGGACCUGACCGACCUUUUACUCAACGGGAUGGUCGGGGUAAUCUCUUACCCAGAGAUACGUCUUGGCAGGCGUACAUCAGAGGCACAUCCAGCCGUGUCCAAGAUCUCCUCGACAUCACGUGGCUGUCAGAGCGCAAAAAGGCAGGCAGAGAUCUCAACUACAAGGCAAAAUAUCUUGACCUUGGUGUAGGUGUUGAGCGGCUCAAAACACAAAUUGGUAUUGUAGGGUGCGUCUUGCCCGACGGUGACCUUUUCGCCACAGAUCAGGGGCGGCCGAUAUUGGGUAUUGAGGCACUCUCGCUCCAAGGGCUACCUAUUGAUCGUAUCCGCACCUCUGUCGAAACCCAGGCCGACCUCCACGAUAUGGCUGGAAAUGCCAUGACGACCACAGUCGUCGGCGCUGCCACCCUCUGCGUCCUGAUAGCUGAACGCCGGGUGACUCGAUCCAGUGGUUUCCACAACGGCCUGCCUCUUCUGGACAACGGUGCAAGCACCAGAACGCAGCACUUAAAGCACCUAUUUGCCAUUCGCCAAUCCGACCGCAACGAAGUAACCGAUGUAGCAUUUGCCUUGCUCCAAUAUUGCCCCAGCUAUUCAACUGCGCAGAAAGACCAGGCGGCUGUUACCCACCUCAUAAUGAUACUUCAGAAAGGACGGAGGUAUUGUCCCUGUGCAGGAUAUCGCAAGCAUAACCCGGCGACUGGUCUCAUGAUCUGUACAAUUUGCAACCAGGUGCGAUGUGUAACCUGUGCGGGUAAUCCUGCUCACGCUUUCGAAAUGCUUUUUACUGGGCCUCUAUGGUCCUGGGAUGAGACCAUCCACGCUCUGAGAGGCAUUCUACCGAAUCGGUUUGCUUUGACCGGAGGCCAUGGCAUACCUCAGGACGACAAGGAUGUCAAGAGAUUAUGUUUGAGCCUUCACGCCACCGAGAAGGAAGAAAGAAAUAUCACCUUCCGACUUCGCGAAUUGCGCAAAUGCCUCUGGGCUGUCUACUAUCUAGACCACUUCGACAACAGCCAGGUUAUCGUGGCAACUUACGUCUCAACUUGCGGCCGUAUCGAGCUCUCCAUUGGUUCAGAUCAGGUUGUUUGGUAUCUGUACUUACCAGAGCCGCUUGAGCCCGGCUCAUUCAAACAACGAGCUGCUCCCCCCAUCGCUCGAGCCACACUCGACAAGUUGCGUCACAAGCACAUGAACCAUCAGCAUCAUCAGGUCGAGAGCACUGCAGGGCGAAGUUUCUAUGCCCCUGUCGACUCGUGCUCUGCGAUGGCUCGCUCUGCCCUCGAUGAUGAGAAGGCUCUCCUGUUCGUCAGCAACAAGAAGCUCAAGGCCCAGCUCUUCGACGCGCUUGCGGAGGACGACAACGUCGAUGUGUACAUGACCACCGGCACACACCACGAUACUGACGCCAUCCGAUACUUCAAAGAGCCCAAUGAAAACGGCAAAACCAAGGUUCUCGUCCAGAGCCUCAUGUCCGAGGAGUCCGCCGGCACGAACCUUACCGAGGCCAACCACGUCAUGUUUGCUGCGCCCCUGCACACCGACAGACGCAACCACUACAUGUACAUGCGACAGGCCCGGGGUCGCGCCAUCCGCUUCGGCCAGACCCGGCCGGUGAAGGUCUACCACUUCGUCACGGCGCACACGAUGGAGGUUGACGUCCUGGAGCACCGACUCAGACACAAGCUGCUCAUCCCCGAGGGCGGCGACCGCAUGCCCCUCGACGACCUCGACUACAAGCUCUACGCUCUAGACACCCGAGCUGCUUCCAGAGGCCCACCGAGUGCCACCAAAGAAGCCUCUGCUGCUACUACGGUCUCACCCGCGUUAAGAAGAAUCCGACCUUACAUUGACGAAUCUGUGAGCAAGCUCGAACCGGGAACACAUCGAGAAGUGCUUUACAGAAUGACAGCCGAGACUUCUGAAGACUUACACGUCAUCAUUCCCGGGGCCUUGAGUUUCCCGGAUGUUGCGCAGGCGCCUAUCCCGGUGCUUCAACUGAGAAUUGACAUCCCUGACCUCCCAUUUCCGGUGCAUUUGCUCCCGCAGCUGUGGAAAACGGAUGGAGAGAUCUUCAAGGAGUGUGCCAAAGAGACGGGCCCUGGCGAGAAAUGGAUGCGCGUGAGCGAUCACCACCACAAGGAUGCGCUCUCUCUCAUAUCGUUUGCUCUCGGCGCACUCAAAGCUGAUCACUUGCCUCGAGAAUUCAAAGCCGGGCUACUCGAGCGGGCUGGAACUGCUUGCCAGAUCCUUGACGCCGAUUUCCCCGACCCCAAGAUACAUCUGCUUUGGGAGGGACUCAAAGUUAAAAAGCUGUUUGACGAUUCAGAAGCUGCUCAAAAACUAGCCGAGUCUUACAGUAAACGACCGCUUCCUGUGGAGUUGGAUGUUCAAAUUGUCAGGGCCGAUCAACCUCGGCACACAGGCGACCUCUACAGCGGCCGUGCAAGGGGCAACAUUGCUCAGGAACCUGAGCUUAUCGUUCGUAUCCUCUUCAACCCAACUGCACUAGCUCACAGGGCUUGGUUACAUCUUCCUCGAGACGGAUUGAUCAGGGGUAUCCGCCGCGAUGUCAUGCAGGACGGCCACAUCGGUUUUGCUGUUGAUGUGGAGUUCGUUGACCCUAGCCUAAAGAUGAUCGAGCCUUUUGAAGCUUGCUUAUCCCAAGACGUCAUUCCCUCCGCAACCUGCGACUUGGCUAUCCAGUUACCCUCUUUUGACUCUUGUGGUGUCCAGCUGCGUCCAGACCAGAUCCAGUCUGUCCAAUGGAUGAUCGAGAAGGAGAGCAGCAACAGCUGCUUCGUCGAGAAGGAGGUGGAAGAGUUCCUUGUUCCGUCGUCAAGCAUUCGUCUCCGCUCCCACGCUGAAGUUGUCAACAGAGCUAGGGGAGGCGUUUUAGCUCACGACGUUGGAUUCGGCAAGACCAUCGUCACCCUAGCCCUCAUAGACCAUCAGCGCAAUCUGAGCGAUGAGAGGUCUACGAUUGAGCGGCAUGCAUGGACACAGGAGAGACACUGCCAUCUGAAGGCCACUUUGAUUGUCUGUCCCCCCCAGAUUGUCGACCAGUGGCGCGAUGAGAUAGAAAGGUUUCUUGGUUCCGAGAACUGGAACGUCGUCGUCAUCAACGCGAAGACGCCUUUUCAUCGCGGUAUGCUCGAGACGGCGGACUUAGUCAUUCUGAGCACCGCCUUCAUUCACUCCUCCGCUUUUGUUCAAACCCUCACCAGAGUGGCCGGGGCUGCCAAAUUCCACGAUGCCAGUGGAGCUUCGUCGAGAGAGUUCAACAUUUGGUAUCGCGAGGCUGUCACCGACCUGGAGGACUCAUACCAGUGCUACGCUGACAACAACAAAAACAACGGCGCUCUCGCGAAACAUAUCUCGCUUCGAACUCAGGAACGAAAGGCCAGCUUUGAGAAGGCUCGAGCCGCCUGUAUCGUGGAGUCUCACCGUAAGGAUCAGAAGGUCAAGGCGACAGCCCGCACACAGCGGGCGACGAAAACGCGCAAGAAACCAAGGCGGACUGCCACCGCCGCUUCUGAAUCUGAUCACUCUGCUGAGUCCGACUCAGACUCUGCCAUGGCCGACAGAAAGCGCAAGGUGGCUACCCCUCACGUCGUUAACGACUUCAAGGAUGCCACAGCCCUACAGAUGUACUCGUUCGACCGCGUGGUGCUCGACGAGUUCUCGUACGAGAACAAAAGUACCGCGGCUUUCGUGGCCAAUUGUGUGGCAUCCUCCAAAUGGGUACUUUCCGGCACACCGCCCAUGGCAGACCUGAGCCAGGUGUGCGCCAUCGCCGACCUCGUCAACAUCCACGUCGCUCGACCUGAGGCGUCGGUGCCAAAAUCUUUCCCAAGCAUCACAAGAGGCCCAAGACUCGACAAGACCACAAGAGGCGAGGCGAUGCGCCAGUACGCUGACCCCAAGUCGGCCCAGUUUGCGCUCGAGCGUCACGAACAGGCCCGUAUCUUUAUUGAGCACAAGAUGACCCGACGAGAGACCGAUAUUUCCCACAUUGGGGUUACCGAGCAGGUCAUUGUUUGCAGGCUCGACCCUGUCAGCUCCGUUGUAUACGCCCAGCUGCAGCAGGUUCUGUACGAUGCGCGUUGGGACAUUGAAGAGGUGCCCGGAGACAUGCGCGCCAUCAUCGACUGGCUGCUGCAACAGACCGGAAACAACAAGGCGUCGAAGGCGCGAGAGAACCUGCGCAUGUCGUGGCACAACACGAUCCAGUCGCUUUUGGUUCAGUCGUCGACUAAUCUGUCGGCCUACGGCGGAAACAUGAAGAAGCUCGGCAUGGAUGUUAGGGCAGGCGCCGUUUCUGGCAUCACCGUGCUGACCAGCAUGCGGACAAUCUACCAAAGGCUCCAGGCCCGUUCCAAGGCCAUGAUCAAGAGCCAGUUCGACAUGCUGAUGUAUGUCGUCGAUCAAGUGCAGAUGAGCGGCCUUCUCGCAAUGACCAACGCCAAGGGCAGAGACAAGACCAAGCAGGACAAGGCCAUCUACUACCAAGACCACCUUGACGACUUUAUCCAAAGGUUCACUGCUGAUAGACCUUGGAGCUUUGGAGACGCCGAGAUCAGAGACGACUUCUGGAAGGGCGGAAACGGUGUGUACGGUGCUAUCGACUGGUGGAAGCUGACGGAGGAGGACGUCGAAGCUAUGGAUGAGGAUGAGCUCAAACACGUGGAAGCCAAUCUCGUUUGCUUCAAAGCAAGCUACAAUUCCGAAAGUCAGAUUGAAGCCACAAGCCAGCAGCUCAAGGAGUCGGUCUGUGAUCUGCUGAAAGCCAACGUGCUGGACCAGUAUCACGAAGCAGAGCCUGAGAAGGUGGCUGCCAAUAUCGGGCUGGCUUCUGCUACACUCCUCGAUGCCUACUGGAAGGACACAACAAAGUCCAAAGACUUUGAGUUUGGCAACAAAUUCCGGCCUUACCGCCCUCAGUUGAACGAGGAAGAGACUGAUCGCGGUACCAGUCACGAUCAAGCCACGAACCGUAUGGCCAUGGCUCUCCAAAGCGUACAGGCCGGCAUAGAGGAAUACAUCCGCCAGGCUCGCCGGCUCCGUGUGCUCGGCAUUGUGCAAUCCUUAUUCGCGUUUGCCCAGGAUUUGGAGGCCGGUCAUAAGCCACGUGCUCCAACUUGUAGUGUUUGCGGCUCGCAGGACAACACUGAGAUAAAGGACCUCAGCCUCUUCAUCACCUGUGGCCACCUACUGUGCUCAAGAUGCGUCACAGCACAUGAGCAUCAGCAUCAUCAGGUCGAGAGCACUGCGGGCGAGGUUCUAUGCCCUGUCGACUCGUGCUCUGCGAUGGCUCGCUCUGCCCUCGUCCCCUGCACGCAGCUCAUUUCUGCCACGGCAGCCUCAACUCUCGAUUUUGAGGGCAAGAGCGCCAAGGUAAUGAAGAUUUUGGACGUCAUACGCACCGAUGUCAAGGAUGAUGAGAAGGCUCUCCUGUUCGUCAGCAACAAGAAGCUCAAGGCCCAGCUCUUCGACGCGCUUGCGGAGGACGACAACGUCGAUGUGUACAUGACCACCGGCACACACCACGAUACUGACGCCAUCCGAUACUUCAAAGAGCCCAAUGAAAACGGCAAAACCAAGGUUCUCGUCCAGAGCCUCAUGUCCGAGGAGUCCGCCGGCACGAACCUUACCGAGGCCAACCACGUCAUGUUUGCUGCGCCCCUGCACACCGACAGACGCAACCACUACAUGUACAUGCGACAGGCCCGGGGUCGCGCCAUCCGCUUCGGCCAGACCCGGCCGGUGAAGGUCUACCACUUCGUCACGGCGCACACGAUGGAGGUUGACGUCCUGGAGCACCGACUCAGACACAAGCUGCUCAUCCCCGAGGGCGGCGACCGCAUGCCCCUCGACGACCUCGACUACAAGCUCUACGCUCUAGACACCCGAGCUGCUUCCAGAGGCCCACCGAGUGCCACCAAAGAAGCCUCUGCUGCUACUACGGUCUCACCCGCGUUAAGAAGAAUCCGACCUUACAUUGACGAAGUGGAAACCAGGAAGCUUCUCGACUCGCAGGAGUAUGAUGAGUGGCAGGAUAGGCUUGAUGUGCCGCCCUAA